AUGGUUUUAAUUCCUUGGUCGUUCUUUAGGAUUUGGGUAUUAUUUACUCUUCUGUUGAUCGUUACGGUGCUCGCGUCCGAGACGUUGGCGAAGAAACCCAAGGAAGGCAAGGAAGUAGAAUCGAAGCGUGGCUACGAGAAAAAGAAGAGGGACGUGGCGUAUUCGAAGGAAGGGAAAUGGAAGAACGGCGAAGACAAGAAGCUUCAAUCGAGGAAGAGGAAGAACAGCGCGUCGGAAGAGAACAACCUGGAGAGUGUCGCUGAGAACGAAGAGUUGAGCAAAGGAACAAGCAAAUCGAGGAACAAGAAACUAAAGGAGAAGGAAAACGUUGAUCCGAAGGCCGCCGAGUCAAAACACGAAUCGAAGAAGAGGAACAAGUACUCUGGCAAUUCUCAGGAGGCUCAUCAGAGAGAUUCGAAGAAGUUGAAGAACAAGAAAUUGAAAGAGAAGAACGUGGAUGAGCGGAGCAACUUGGAAAAUGAAAAGAGGACGAACGAGAAGGUAAAAGGUGGAGAGGUGGCCAAGUCUGAGAGAGCUACGAAGGAAGGCAAGAGGAAGAAGGCUCAGAAGAAAGAAAAGGAGACAACGGUGCAGGAAGAAGUGGAGAAACCACCGAUGGAAGAGGAGGAAGAAGAACCUAAGCCGAAAUCGGUGUCGAAGAAGGACAACAAAAAAGCUGAGAAGAACAGGAAGGAUAACAAGCAGCAGAAAAAUAGGAAGAGACGAGAGAUCUCAAAGAACGAGGUGGAGGAUUUGGAAAUUCUGCCAGCAGAGGAGGAAAAUGCAGCAAACGGAAAGGUGAAGAGUUGUUCAGUGGCGAAACCUGAAGAAAUAGAGAACGAUAAACUGGACGAGAAUUGCGCGGAUGACUGCGACGAAGCGUGA